AUGGCUACCGCUUCCUCGGCUAGCGGCAAGGGAAAGGACGUCGAGUCCCGUCCCUGCCCGGCCUCUUGCGGUUUCACCAUUUCAGGGAGAGAUCCACAUCCUCUCUGCAUCACCUGUAUGGGAGUGCAGCAUGCCCAGGCUUCACUCGCGGACUCCGAGUGCUGCCAGCAUUGCAGCACUAUGCCGACCAGGAUCCUGGAGAGGCGCCUCAGGGUCUCGGCCAGUUCAAAGGCCGACCCCAGCCUCUCUGAUAGCGCCGCCAAGCCGAAGCGGGCUAUUGCUAACUUAGACUGGGCUAACCCCCCGGUUGAGGACUUCCCUCCGCUGUUCGACCAGCUCCUCGACUCGGAGGACGAACACGGAGGGGGGCACGAAGAGGAGGACGAUAACAUGGACCUCCUUAACGAUGACAACGAGGAGGAUGACGAGGACGCAAUCCUCCCGCCGACUCCGGCAUCCCGACCCAGCAGCUCCGUUAGCGGAGGAAUCCAACCCCCCUCUUCACCCUCGGAGGUCGACCUGCAUGAGGUGUGUAAACGAGCGGCGUCACGGCUGGGUAUAGACUGGCCCGCGUCACAGGAUGACAAGGGCGAGGAGAGGGAUUUAUACGACGGCAAAAUUCUGCCGUCUCGCCCGGUGUCGAAGAAGCAGGUCAUGCCCGUCGUCCCAGCGUGCAUGAAGGAGAUGAAGCGGUUUUGGGAUAAACCGUUUCGCCACAGAGUCCCCGUCAAGGGUUACUCCGGCCUGGAAGUGGCUAACAGCGGGGAGUGGGGCCUCGGAGAUCCCCCGGUAGUGGAGCAGGCGGUGGCUUCUCACCUCCACCCCAGCCACCGGUCCGCGCUCACCGCGGCCGGCCCCACCCUCCCCGGGAAAAUGGAGCGCUUCUCCGCCUCCAUGUUUCAAAAGAUGUACAAAUCAGCAGCCCAAUCAGUGAACAACUUAAAUGUUGUCACCCUGCUGACAGCCUACCAGGCUGAACUUUUCCAGGAGAUGGGGGUCCUCCUGGAUAAAGGCUCCCCAAGUCCCAAAAUAUGGGAGGAGAUGUGUGUGGUCACGGACCUCAUCCUCCGUGUCUCCAGGGGUGCGGUCCAGGGCUGCGGCCGUGUUAUGGGGCUCGCAGUGGCAGGAGAGAGAGCGCUCUGGCUGAAUCUCUCCAGCCUGUCGGACCAGGAAAAACAGGUCAUAAUUGAUGCUCCCUUCGACCCGUCAAGGGCUAAGGGCUUGUUCGGCGAGGCUGUCACGGCCAUGCAGCAGACCAGUGACCUGAGGAAGAAGCAGGGAGAAGCCUUUGAUCUCUGCCUUCCUCGUAAAGUUGCCUCUCGCCCCACACCGCCACCCCGCCAGGGAUUCGCGGCUGCGGCGAGAGCGCGCAGCAGCGGCUACAAGGACCCCAGACCGCGCACGUCUGAGCAGCCAGCGUCUCACCAGCGCGGCGCUCAGCAGCAGAAACACUGGCCCAGGAAGUCCUUUGCCUCUGCAGCUGCCGCUCCAGGCACCGGUCCGACCCGCCCGUCCCGCCCCCCCGGACGGGAAGAAAAAACGGUCGGCCUAGGUGUCGUGGUUCGCAGACACAGAGGCUCAGCAGUCAGCACUUGCAGAGAUCCCUGCUCUGAGCCCCUCCGGAACAGACUGAAUUAUGCACUCGUUCCCCCAGUGCACAGUUUCGUUUCCCCCCUUCGUCGCCCCACGGGGACAGUUCUAAGGGAAGUGGAAAGAAGCGCAAUGUUCACACCAAGCACUUCUCCUGGUUUUUCAAUAAAAAACAAGCUGUCGCAGCCAGGCUCAGUCAUAAAGCCGAGGGCGCAGCGAACACAAAACAAAAAGAAAAAUCAAGAAGUGCAGGACAGUCUGUCUCCCCUAGAGGGCGCAGCUGCUCCAUUGUUGAGCUUCAGGCCACCGGGCCCUCUCGCUGUCAAAGCAGAGGAGUGGCGCGCAUGCGCAGUGAACCCGUGGGUGUUUACAACGGUUGCCAGGGGUUACAGGCUGCAGUUCGCUGUGAGGCCGCCCCGCUUCAACGGUGUGCUGACGUCAGAAGCUGCAGGGGAAGCCGCGGAGGCUUUAGAGAGCGAAAUAUCUUCUCUGUUAAGCCGCGGGGCAAUUCGCCUUGUACCGGAGGGAGAGAGAAAUCAGGGGUUUUAUUCCCGGUAUUUCCUCAUUCCAAAGAAAGGAGGUUCAUUGCGUCCGAUCCUGGAUCUGCGGUUCCUCAAUCUACACCUCCGAAAGUACAAAUUCAAAAUGCUCACGCACAAGGUUCUGUUUCGAUCCAUUCAUCCAGGCGACUGGUUCACUUCAGUGGAUCUGCAGGACGCUUAUUUUCAUAUAAGCAUAUAUCCCGCACACAGGAAAUAUCUCAGGUUUGCGUUCAAGGGAACGGCUUACGAGUAUCAGACCCUGCCUUUUGGGCUGUCACUCGCCCCGAGAGUUUUCAGCAAGUGUGUGGAAGCAGCCCUGAACCCGAUGCGAGCAUCGGGCUUCAGAGUGUUCGCGUAUCUGGACGAUUUUCUCCUCUGUGCAUCCAGCAAAGAGAAAUCGGAGAGGGAUACGCGGAAGCUGAUGGACAGGCUGUACAGCUUGGGGUUCAAUAUAAACCCCGUAAAGAGCUGUUUGUCUCCCACUCAGAGGAUCGAGUAUUUGGGCCUCGAAAUAGACUCUGUUUCAUUUCGGGGUUUUCUGUCCCAUGCUCGAGUGAAGAAAUUUCGCCAACACCUGGCUUUAUUUCGGAGAGGACGUUCAGUGUCGUUGCGGGACUGUCUCCGGCUGUCAGGGCUGAUGGCGUCAUCAAUAUCUGUCAUUCCGCACGGGCUGCUGAAAAUGAGGGAUUUUCAGCGCUGGAUAUCUUCCCUGCGUCUGGACGCACGACGUCACCUCAGGCGUAUGGUGAGGGUUUCCCCGGAAUGCCUCCUGGCUCUCCGUCACUGGAGGGACCCGGGGAUAUUCUCAACCGGCGUCCCGUUGGGAGCGGUUGUGAUGAGGAAGACAGUUACAACCGAUGCCUCGUUAACGGGGUGGGGAGCGGUUUUCGGGAGGAGGUCAGUGAACGGGACCUGGCCCCCGACGCUCCGUCAGGCUCAUAUAAACUAUUUGGAGCUGUUGGCUGUGUUCCUAGCCCUCAGACAUUUUCUGCCCCUCCUGGGAAAGUGUCAUGUGCUGGUCAGAGCGGACAACACGACAGCAGUGGCCUACAUAAACAGGGAAGGAGGCACUCGCUCCGUAAAAUUACACAGACUGGCUCAGAGUCUGUUAUUAUGGAGCAGCGAACACCUGUUAUCGCUGCGCGCAGCGCAUCUUCCGGGUGCACUGAACAGCGGGGCAGAUUUACUCUCCAGGGGAAAUCCCUUGUACGGAGAGUGGAGACUGAACCCCGAGGUGCUUCUCCGGGUGUGGGAGAGAUUCGGCCGAGCGUCCGUAGAUCUCUUCGCAUCGCACGAAAACGCGCAGUGUCCCCUAUUCUUCUCAUUACGAGACAGGGACGCGCCGCUGGGGGCGGACGCGUUUGCGCACCCGUGGCCAAACGCGCUGCUGUAUGCUUUUCCCCCUCUCUAUCUCAUCACUCCUACGCUGAUCAGAGUGAAAGAGCAGCAGCUUUCAUUAAUCCUGAUAGCUCCUUACUGGCCCAGCAGGCCGUGGAUGGCGGAGCUGAUACAGCUCGUACACGGCCAGCCAUGGCCGUUACCGUUACGCACGGACUUGGUGUCGCAAGCGUGCGGGCAGGUUUUUCAUCCGAACCCCGAACGUCUGGCUCUCUGGGCUUGGUUCGUGAGAGGGUGA